AUGUCUGAAGAACAAAAGCAAGACACUCCAGUUGCCCCAGUUGAAGAAAUUGCUCCUGUUGAAGAAACUACCCCAGCUGUUGAGGAACCAAAACAGGAGGAAGAAGAAGCUGCUGAACCUCCAGUUGUUGAAAAUAAGGAAGAAGAAACCACUCAAGCCCCAACUGUCGACAAGAAAGAAGAAGAAACUGCUCAAUCUUCAGUUACUGAAAAGAAGGAAGAGGAAAAGAAAAACAAGGUUAAAACCUUUUUUAAGAAAAUCUUUUCUGUAUUUAACGUUUAA